AGAGCAGGCAGCAAAAUGUCGAAGCAGCUGUGUGCAAUCGUGUUUCUUUGCGACUUUAAAUUAGUUUUUACGAAGUGAUGAGCAGAGUUGGAAAAUAUUCUACUACAAUUCUUUCAAUAUCAGAGAACUUGUCAUCACUGGCGUGAAUUCUGUCAGCAAAAGACCAACCACCCUGAAUAAUAUGCUGGUCAACAAUCCUCCAAGAACUCCACCCAUUCUGAAGAAGAGGGAGCGAAAUGUAAGCUCCUCUGAUCCAUGCCCAAAUGGCAAAAAAUGUGCUGCAUUGCCGGGGGUUGAUCCAAAUGAUGAGAGGGUUCCUCUACUGCUGGAGCGAGUGCGGGAAACUGGACUAGUCUCUUCUUAUGCAGCAGAGCUGGAAGAAAUUUCCUCGGCCACAGCUGAGGAUCAGCUUGAAUGGGUGGUUCAGUUCACUCACAAUGUUAUUCGUCUUGAUACGUCCACAUCGGGAUUUAUUGUAGAAGUCCUCAAGCUACCAUGGAAACUUACCGAGAGUGAUAUGCUCCAAAAAGCUUACCAAAACUUUGUUGUAGCGCUGGUCACUGCGCACAACAUCCACUGCAAAGCAGUCUUCAGUCACCUCUUUGGAUUACUCCUACCUGAUACAAGUAUGGGUGCCGAAAUGAAUGAAGCGGACCAGUUGCUUCUCGUCAACCCCCAAUUGGUGCCCAAAUCAACCAUGCAAGUGACGCAGUGUUCAAUAGAGGCCAUUGUUAUGAUACACGCAAAGGUGCCGCUGAGUGAGCGCACGUUGUUGCGCGAGGCUAGCAAUGCCAGGCCGUACUAUAAACGGCAUCCUCACCUUCUCUUGAUCUACUGUAAGUGCCUCCUGAUACUCUCCUCGAGAAUACCGUCCUUGAGGAAGACAUUUCUCGAGAUGAUCGUUGAAAGGUUGGUGGAUAUAGAUGCCAACUGCCCACGCGAGCCAGCUGAUGGUUCUGACGAUGAAAACGAAGAAGAGGAAGUCUUUAAAAUGGAUGUGGACGAGGAGCUGUCACAGUCCCAGAACAGCCUGAUAGACGUGCAACGAAAGGCGCGGCUUGAUUGGAUUCUGAAUAACCCCCUCAUGCAUAGCCUGGAUGUGCUGAUGGACGCCAUGGUUCUGUACAUCCACUGCACCGUACACGAUGUGCCCUUCAGCUUGGACCGCAACAUCAAUAUUGAAGAACUAAGAAUAUUGGGAUGCCUACCAGGCAGCGUCAAAUUAGCUCCUAAUCUCGAAGCUGAUCAAGAUUCACAUGACAGUUCAACUGAUACUAGUCAUAAACAACAACUAACUCUCGGCUGCGCUUGUGGGGGCGAAAAACAUAACUUGAUGAGUUUGAAACGACUUUAUCAUGAUCUUGUUGGCGUAUUCACUCGAAUUGUUCUCCCAACACACUCCUCCGGGCAUGUUCAGUUCUUUAUGUUCUAUGUUUUGUCCAUCAAACCUUCCUUGACCAGGAUCUUCCUGGAUACCUUGAGAACAGAUUCUUUCAUGGGCAACGGAGUAGCAUUAGAUGUCAAGAAGAACGCUUUAGCCUAUAUAGGGAGCUUAAUGGUUAGAGGAAAAUUUGUCCCUAUCUCCACCACACUUUCAUGUUUAGAGGUGAUCGUAAGUUGGUGUCACGAGUAUAUAAAUUCUCAGGAAAAACAAGGCACAAACAAUUACAUGAAUCUCGCACUGCAUGAAAAAUUUUACUGUGCUUGUCAAACUAUUUUCUAUGUGUUUUCCUUUAGGUGCCUUGAAUUUACUAAGAGCGAAAAGAUGCUGGACCAUGUACGACGUCUCAAUCUGGAGCGCUUGGUGUUCAGUAAACUGAAUCCUCUGGCUGUUUGCAGGUACCAGAUUGUGAAAAACUUUGCUGCUAUCACUAGACAUUUUCAGCUUGCCUAUUGUUAUGCAAUCAUUGAGAGCAACCGACGCAAUACGCUACCAGUGUGCAUGCAUGCAAGUGAUGGUUCGGAUGUUAGAGCCUCGGCUUACGGCUCGUCGCUGGACAUGGCAUUCCCAUUCGACCCCUAUCAGCUUCUGCACUCGGCGCCUUACUUUGAAGCUCACUACCAGCAUUUCCCAGGACUGCCUGAGUACAUCAGCAUGGACGCUGAAGAAAGAAUUCUCGAGAAGGAAGAAACUGAAGACGAAGAUGACUUCCUAGAUCACAGUUAUCCGAGCGACUCCUAUCCCAAAAUUAGCAGCUUCAUGGAAUGCCAAGAUUCUCCCACGGCUGAGAGGAAAACCCUAAAGAGAAUUUUUCCUUAAGCUUCUCAUAUUAUAUAUGUAGGUAUUUGUUAUUCCUGUUGUACACUCACAUGUUUUUACAUUUAACAAGGCUCGUCCAGGGAUUUCCCUUUGUACUACAUAGGAUUUAUUUGUGCAUGGUAUUCACCUUUACCUAAAUUUUACCAUUUAACACGUUGACUACGUAUUGGUACAUAUGCGUACCACGAAAUGUAUUU